AUGCUAAAACUGAGAAAAAAGAAAAAAUCUCCAACAGCUCCCAAGGGGGACGUUCAAACUAUCAAUGUUGGUACAUCUUCGAAGGGUAUGGAAAAGCCCGAGGAAAUAGCACUGCCUUUCCCAAGGGAACCGUCUGCAGUUUUUAUGGAGGGUGUUGAGUCCACCGAAAUUUCCCCAUCUACGAAAGACAGAGAGGUUACUUCAACCACUCCAAGCGUCGAGGAAAUCAAGAA